AUGUCGGGAAUAUUGUUUGAGGAUAUGUUUAUUGUAGACUCUACUGAUCCGGGAAGGUAUAAUAAAGUGUGCCGGAUCACGGGCCAUUCAUCAACAUCUAAAGAUAUAACCAUUACCCUUGAUAUAAAUAGUGAGUUGUUCCCAGUUAAGAGCAAUGACUCGUUAACUAUAACCUUGGCUUCCUCGCUAGGUAACGAAAGUUCCAUGUUGACCUCUAAUGGUUCAUGGAGGCCGCCAAAACCGGACGAAAGGUCUUUGGCCGAUGAUUAUGAUUAUGUUAUGUAUGGUACAGUUUACAAAUUUGAAGAGAAUACUGAUAGUGAUAAGAUGUCUGUUUAUAUAUCAUUUGGCGGGUUGCUAAUGAGAUUAGAAGGAGGCUAUAGGUCUUUGAGCAAUUUGAAACAAGAAAAUGCUUAUAUCUUGAUCCGUCAUUAUAAGGAUAAUUGA